CCCGGGCCAGAGGACGCAGCUGACCGACCGACUGACCACAGGGUCCCCUCUCCAUCUGUCCAGAUUGAUUUGAUUCUCUUCUCUGUGGGGAAAGAUCCUUGGGUGGCCUUGCCGGGAUGUCUCGUCCGCUCUCAGACCAGGAGAAGAGGAAGCAGAUCAGCGUGCGGGGACUGGCCGGCGUGGAGAACGUCACCGACCUCAAGAAGAACUUCAACCGGCACUUGCACUUCACCCUGGUCAAGGACCGCAAUGUGGCCACCACCCGGGACUACUACUUCGCCCUGGCCCACACCGUCCGGGACCACUUGGUGGGACGCUGGAUCCGCACCCAGCAGUACUACUACGAGAAGGACCCCAAGCUAGGCUUGGAUAUGGAGGAGUUGCAAGAGAUUGAGGAAGACGCCGGAUUGGGGAACGGAGGCCUUGGGCGAUUGGCAGCUUGCUUUCUGGACUCGAUGGCCACGUUGGGCCUGGCUGCGUAUGGCUACGGGAUCCGCUACGAAUUCGGGAUCUUCAACCAGAAGAUCUGCGGCGGCUGGCAGCUGGAGGAGGCGGACGACUGGCUGCGUUAUGGCAACCCCUGGGAGAAAGCCCGCCCCGAGUACAUGAUCCCUGUCCAUUUCUACGGCCGCAUCCAGCAUGACCAGGACGGGGUCAAAUGGGUCGACACACAGUGCCUGGUUAUCUUGUGUCAUAGCAUAUCCUGUUUUCGCUCUUUCUUUCAUAUUUCAGUUAAUGUUGGUGGUUACAUCCAAGCCGUCCUGGACCGGAACCUGGCGGAGAACAUUUCCCGGGUUCUGUACCCCAACGACAACUUCUUCGAGGGGAAAGAGCUGCGUCUCAAGCAGGAGUACUUUGUGGUGGCCGCCACCCUCCAAGACAUCAUCCGCCGCUUCAAAUCCUCCAAGUUUGGCAGCCGGGAUCCUGUCCGCACCUCUUUCGACGCCUUUCCAGAGAAGGUUGCCAUCCAGCUCAAUGACACUCACCCAUCCUUGACUAUUCCAGAGCUCAUGAGAGUCUUGGUGGAUAUUGAGAAGCUCGACUGGGACAAGGCCUGGGAUGUCACCGUGAGGACCUGUGCCUACACCAACCACACUGUGCUUCCCGAGGCCCUGGAGCGCUGGCCCGUCCACCUCUUUGAGACCCUCCUGCCCCGACACCUGGAAAUCAUCUACGAGAUCAAUCAGCGCUUCCUGGACAAAGUCUAUGCCAAAUUCCCGGGAGAUCUCGACCGGCUGCGCCGCAUGUCCCUGGUGGAGGAAGGCAGCGUCAAACGGAUCAACAUGGCCCACCUGUGCAUUGUGGGCUCCCACGCGGUCAACGGCGUGGCCCGGAUUCACUCGGACAUCCUGAAGGCCACCGUGUUUAAAGAUUUCUACGAGUUCGAGCCCCACAAGUUCCAGAACAAAACCAACGGCAUCACCCCGCGGCGUUGGCUGGUUUUGUGCAACCCAGGGCUGGCCGAGAUCAUUGCGGAGCGCAUUGGCGAGGACUACAUCUCGGACUUGGAUCAGCUGAAGAAACUUCUCGCCUUCGUGGAAGAUGAAGGUUUCAUCCGGGACGUUGCGAAAGUCAAGCAGGAGAACAAAUUGAAGUUCUCGGCCUACUUGGAGAAGGAGUACAAAGUGAAGAUCAACCCCAACUCGCUCUUCGAUAUCCAGGUGAAGCGGAUCCACGAGUACAAGCGGCAGCUGCUCAACUGCCUCCACAUCAUCACCUUCUACAACCGGAUCAAGAAAGAACCAAACAAGCAUUUUGUGCCGCGGACAAUCAUGAUCGGAGGCAAAGCCGCUCCUGGCUACCAUAUGGCAAAAAUGAUCAUCAAGCUCAUCACUUCUAUUGGCGACAUUGUCAACAACGAUCCCGUCAUUGGCGAUCGGCUGAAGGUGAUCUUCUUGGAGAACUACCGGGUCUCUCUUGCUGAGAAAGUGGUCCCUGCUGCGGAUCUCUCUGAGCAGAUCUCUACGGCCGGCACGGAGGCCUCUGGGACCGGGAACAUGAAAUUCAUGCUCAACGGGGCGCUCACCAUCGGCACCAUGGACGGGGCCAACGUGGAAAUGGCGGAGGAAGCCGGCGAGGAGAACUUCUUCAUUUUCGGCAUGCGGGUCGAAGACGUGGAUGAGCUGGACCGGAAGGGCUAUUGUGCCAAGGAUUACUACGACCACCUCCCCGAGCUGAAGCAAGCCAUCGACCAGAUGAGCAGUGGCUUCUUCUCUCCCAAGCAGCCGGACCUCUUUAAGGACAUCGUCAACAUGCUCAUGUAUCACGACAGGUUCAAAGUCUUUGCUGAUUACGAUGCGUACAUCAAAUGUCAAGAGAAGGUCAGCGCUCUUUAUAAGAACACCAAGGAGUGGACCAAGAAGGUCAUUAAGAACAUUGCCACUUCAGGGAAAUUCUCCAGCGACCGCACCAUCGCCCAGUACGCCCGCGAGAUCUGGGGCGUGGAGCCCACCCGCCAGAAGAUCCCUGCCCCAGAUGAUCCCCGAGAAUGAAGACCCCGCUCUCUUCCGCCCCCUUGUCACCCCAGCAAACGCAGUGGGGCUGCUCCUGUGGGGUCAACAUGUCUUUCCCUUCCUUCUCCUUUCUUCCCCCUUCUACGCUCUGCUAUUUAUUUCUUUCAUAUCUUUCAUCACUCGUUCCCUUUCAGUAUGGAUUACCAUUCACUGCAGGGCCGGCCCUAGGUAACUUUCAAGUGUAAGCAAACAGUAUUUUGGCACGCCACCAACCAAUCAUCGAUAUAUAGAUAUAUAUAUAUAUUAGGCUUGGUUGAUCCAGUUCGUUAAUUUCUUAUCUCGUUAUUAAUUCGUUAAAUAAUUACCUUUAGAAGCGA